UUUGCAACAUGUUCCUCCUCACUUACUGGGUAAAUACUUGGUGCUGGUGAAGUGUAUUGUGGUUGUCCAAUAAUUAACUACUGGACGGAUAAAGCUGGAAAAGGAGAGACAAUGUCGUGAAGGAGAGGAAACUAAAAGAAACACAUGAGACCGAGAAGUUAAAUCAGCAAAGAAAGAGGACGUUGACUCAGCAGUUGCAGUUUAAAGGGGAAAAGGGGGAAGAGGAAGAGGAAGGCUCUGACACUGUGUGUGUGACAAGUGAACGCUGCAUCGGUUUCUCUGCUGCAGAGUGUAAAUGAACUCCACUGAGGAAACACAGGUGGCCAGGACCUUAGAGCUCAAUGAUGGGGCUCGAAUGCCAGUGUUGGGUCUAGGGACAUGGAAGGUAUAUUUAACACUCAUUUUUAUGUUUCCUUUUAUACUCUUCUUGUCAUGUUGUUGACUGUUUAUAUUCCUCCAUACUGUUUAAGAGUUAUUUCCUGAAAAGUAAUUUGCUCAAAAAGGCUUUUGAAAUACCUGGAUCCCGAUUGUUAGAUAAUUAAUCAAGUUCAAAUGGCAAUAAACCUUGGCCAAAGGGCAAAUAUGGAUUCCACGUCAUUGUAAGCGAAUAGAGUUAUAAGUUGGUAAAUGAAGUUGUUUCAUUUUGAUGUUUCGCCAAAAGCUGAAAGAAAAGAAGGUCACAGCUGUCAAAUGUAAGCAGUGUUUUAAGGAGCUUUAACCUUGAAUUAUGCGAAGCUCCAGCUCUGUUAUAAUGUUGUAUAGUAGUCUAGAGCUGGAUAUUGAAAAAUAAAAUAAUUGGAUAAAGGAUUAAAAAAUUUAGAGGAACAUCGGGUACAUCCCAUACUUAAACAAAAUAUUUGACAGCUUCACUUUGAGAUCCUGCUCACUGUGCUGUGAUUGUUGCUCACAUAACCACCUUCUCCACACAUAUUUUUCUGCUUAUUACUCUGCAUAGAAACCAUUACAAAAAAUUGAUUUUAAGUUAGUCUUACUGAAUUAUUAUUGAACUAGUCUAUGUUGAUGAUCCUAUUAUAAUUGGUCAAAACCCCUUAACAGCAGUGACUAAUUUUCAACAGCUAAAGUAACACUGGAACAACCUGUUUAAAAUGUCCCAUUAACUCAAUGUACAGAAAAGAGUCUGGUGCAUUUCACCUCUACCUGAUGACACUGAGGCCAAAAUGUAAUUUUUUAAUGUUUGUAUUUUAAAUACAGAGAGUAAAGAACAUUAAUGAUAUCUUGAUAGAAGAUCCUGUCCAGCAAUCCAGAGAUCAGCAGCAGCAGCAGAAAUAAUUUGGACCAGAUGUGAUAACGAUAAAACAUCUUUUUUUUCUAAAGGUGCAUUGUAGACAUUUUCAAUCAACUACUCAUCACUUCAAUUUACCCAUUACCAAAAGACUUUGUGAAUUUAGCUAACAAAACCGCAAAGCUGCACAUUAAAUCAAACAUUUCAAUUCAAAGUCAAGUCAAAACAUCACCCCUUUUAUGUGUUAUAAUCCACAUUUAUCUGAACAUUUCCACUGCUGGUAACGUUAAACUGGGCUUUACAGUUGGCACUCUUUUGACAGUACAUAAUACUAAUGCUAUAACGGUUACCACAAUUGCUGUAGCAUGGAUGUUGCCCUCACUCUUGUUGCAAUAUAACAUUUUCAUCAAGCAGACAUGUUUGCCCACAUUGACACUCAUUUUUUAAACUUUUAUGAGAAGGUACGGGUCCAGUAGCUCCUCAGGUUGCUCUCACAUCUGUGUCUCUGCAUAAUGUUACAAUUUCCCAGCGCUCAAGACCAGCCUGAGACAAAUACUGUCACUUCUGUCAGUGCCUCAAUGUUUACCAUCUUACAAGUUAGCAGAAACUUGUGAUUUUAUAGCAGAGUAACAAAAGAAACGGUGUCUCUUUUCCACAGAUUACUUUGGUAUGAUGUAUGUGAGCAGGUUAAACCUGAAGUUGCUUCAGAAUUUAUCUCCCUUGUUUUGGGUUUUCAACCAACUAGAAUCAAAUGUUUCACACAGCCUUUAAACACAAUCAUUGCUAUAACCAGGCAGGCUGUGAUGUAGCCUGAAGCUUUUGAUGAGUAUGUUUUUCGCUGAUAAGAUUGAAGAUGAAACCAAGUGGACAAGGUCAUUAAAGAUGUUUAUUCAUUCCAGUCCCGCCAUCUUCCCCGUACCUCAGUCCAGUGUGCUUCUGAGGCUGCUAUAGCUGCCGGCUACCGCCACAUAGAUACCGCCCACAGCUACAGCAAUGAGGUGGACAUUGGUAAAGCUCUGCGCUCUAAGAUGCAACAAGGCAUCAUUAGAAGAGAGGACAUGUUCAUCGUCAGUAAGGUGGGUGCAGAAAUGUUCUCAGCAGGACCAGUAACAUACUGAGGAGAAAAGGUGUCUUUUAUAACAUCACUUCUAUGUUUUGCUCUUUGUGCAAAGAGUAGGGUAAAGUAUGCCAAGUGACAAACUAAAUUCACUCUUGGGUUAAAAUAUGAUAAGAUAUUUUUUCUGAUUGAUUCAAAAAUGCACUUGAAUUAGUGAGAGGACCACAUUCAGAAAAAUAGUCAUUUGUAAGUAAAUAGAUUGUCAAAGAUUUUUAAUGUUUGGUAUGGUGCUUUCAGUAGUAUUUCAAUGUAAUUCCUCUUAAACUGCUGUUCCUUUUUUAGCUGUGGGUGACCUAUCAUGCCCCAGAGGACAUCCCUUUGUGCUUAAAUAAGUCUCUGAAUGAUCUCCAGCUGGACUACCUGGAUCUUUAUCUCAUACAUUUCCCUGUUGGUUUAAAGGUAGGAUGCACCAACAAAAUAGUGUGACAGAGCUAAAACUGUGCUGUAUCCUCACCUUAACAUGGAUGUCUUUAGCCAGUGUGAUGUACAAUUUUGAAGCCUAUAGGUUGGUUUAAUAAUAAAAUGGCAAUUGAUCCCACAUUGAAAAAAAGAGAGACUAUUCCUUUCCUAAUUGUCUUUCUAGAAAGUGGGUGAUGAGCUUUUCCCAAAGAAGAAUGGACAGAUGCUGACCUCUGACAUAGACUAUGUAGAUGUAUGGAGGGUAAGUGUGUAUUUGUUUGUGUGUGCUCGUUUGUGUUGUGUUAAAAUGCAGCCGAAUUUCCCAGAUGGCUCCAAAUCAAUGACGAAUUAAAAAUGAAUGAAAAAUAGAAAAUGAAAGAAAAAGUAUGCACCAAUAAAAAUACAGUAAAUGUAAUAUCACAGUCAACUAUAGUAGCCUUUACAUAUGAGGCAUAAAACAUACAUAUUAAAAUCUGCUUUUUGUCAUUUUAAGCUACAUCGUCUUUCUUAAACUAUUAUGUAUGCCAUCUUUUGUGUCUGCAGGGAAUGGAAGCCCUACAAGCCUCGGGCAAAGUGAAGAGCAUCGGUGUGUCCAACUUCAACAUCCUGCAGCUGGAGAGACUAAUCGCUUUGUGCAGGGUGCCUCCUGCUGUCAAUCAGGUGCUGCACGUUUAGCUUAUCAUCCGCUACCAGUCUCAUAAAUUGACCAAACCUUAAUCAAGAUCAGCUUCAAUAUGCACUCAUGGUUUGUUUGGUGUGGUAUGGUUCACAGGUGGAGCUUCAUCCCUACCUAGUGCAGACAGAAUUAAUAGAGUUCUGUAAAUCCAGGAACAUUGCACUGACUGCCUUCAGCCCCUUUGGCUCACCUGGAAGGCCCCCGGAGCUGUAAGACACAUACUAGCAUCAAAGCACAUUUAUAAAGAUGUACUUUUGUGUGUUUACACUGCAGAGUUAGAGCUACAAAAAAUGGCAUUUUUGUGUCAGAAAAAAAAUGGUUUACUUGUCCAGGUUACAGUAAUUUGUUCAGCAAUUGGCACAUUAACAUCUGCACAUAGGGACAAUGGAGAUGAAGACAGAUAAAGUGUUAUCAUAAACUGUACUUCAUUGAAUUUAGAUAAAUUAGGAUAAAUGUUUGUUUUCCAAAAAACGCAUUAAUUGCCACAUAACCAUGUCAUGUAGCUAAUUUUGCUUAUCAUUCUUUGCAGAGGAACUACUUUUGUUGUCAAAGUUGAGUUGUCUUUGGGAUGUGUGGAGAAACCUGCUUCUGUUCUUAUAAAGCAUCCUUAUCCUAUGCCAAUGAUUUGAUUGUCCAUAUCAACCAUAUCUGAUCUAAAACCUCUGAGAUUAAACUCAAUGAGUAUGAAGUAGUCUGGUAAAACGCAGAAUGAGGGACAUCAGCACAACUGGCUGCAGGUGCAGUCCCAUGAUGUUGCUGACGAUGCAGUUGGACAUCAUCAUUUGUAGAAAAAUUAACUCUGUGCUCUUGUCUUUUUGUCUUGAAAACCUCAGAUUCAGAGGAGACACUGAUCCACACAAACUCCUGGAGGAUCCAGUUGUCACAGAUAUCGCCAAAAAGCACAGACGCAGUCCUGCGCAGGUCAGUCUGUGUGAUUUGUGAGCCGUUAAAACUGUAAUGUGGUUGAACAUGUUAGUUUAUUUACCUGUGAUGUUCACCCAGGUGUUGCUGAGGUACCAUGUGCAGCAGGGGAUCUCGGUCAUCCCUAAGAGUGACAAACCUCAUCACAUCCUUGAAAACACAAAGGUAAAAUCUCCCUGCGGUAUAUGAUUUAGAAAGUUACCAAUAUACUGUGAGCUAGACCGUCACAGAAGACCCUCCUCAGGCUGCCUGGUAAACCUUGUUGCCAAAGCCUUGCUCUUUGCUGUUGUUGUUUUUGCACAGAUCUUUAACUUCAAUCUGGCUGAAGAAGAUAUGACAGCACUGCGAGGACUGGACCGAGGGUGGAGGUCAUGCAGGCUUGAUGAGUACGUAUUUGCACGGUCCUUUCAAGGUAUUGGUCUCAUCAUUUACAGUGUGAUAAGUGUUGUUGUUGUGUUCAUUUCAGGGUAAAGUCUCAUCCAUACUACCCUUUUGUAUGAGGCAUCCAGGAGCAAGACCAGAGGAAACUGGAUUAACUAAAGUCAAUAGCAACUCAGACCAGCAUCAUAUUCAACAGAAUCACACAUUAAAACCCUUAAGUGGCUUGUUUACAGAUUAUUUUCAACAAUGCAAUGUGAUGACAAAGAGGAGAGUUUUUAAAAAAGCUAUUCACUUUCCAAAGUGAGUUAUGACCGUGACUAAAGUAUCAGCAAAGACAAACUUUUUUAUAUUGUAUUUUCCCUGUGAUGAAUAAAAGACUUUGUUUUUGACAUGU